CUCCAGACUUCCUUACCUUGGUAAAAUUUGAGUCCCAGCUCGUCCUCGCACCACAUCAAAACUUCCAUGAACCAUGUCUCUCUGGCCCUCCGAGGCGUCGUAGCAUCUGUGGAAUUUCAACUGCUACCACAAAGUUGGUCACGUAUCGACAUCUUGGCUGUGAGGUCAAAGCAGUCGCGGCUGAGUCUUUGUCAAAGCAGACUCAGGCAACUAUGCCUAAUGGCAAGGCCCGAAAAGAUAGCUCGCGACCGCCAAUCCUCUUCAUCAAUUCACAGAGCGAGCUGCUAACCCCUCAGGCCCGACGGCUUGCGAGACGACAUGCGUCCUGGUGGGGACACAAGAAGUCCAGAGCAAAACAGGUCCCCAACGAAUCGACCCUGAAUGCUUCGUCGAACACGAGCUCCCCUGAUAACAGCCAGACCCCCUCGUCCUCAGGCAGUUCUAGUACAUCGCUACGCCAGAGAUCGCCCCCAGUUGUAGGUCUCUUCUCACCGCGACGUCCUACACCCCUUAACUGUUACUUGGGGUCUACCCCCGAUGCCUUCCGCAUCCUUCCUCAGAUAUCAAUCUCAAGUGAGGACCCUGGUUACCUUGCCUCCCUCAAACAUGACAUGCACACAUUCUUUGGAGAGGCCUUUGUCCGGAACACUAUCUUACGGAGUGGCGACUGCUGCGAGAGUAGAUAUGCCGGCUGCCUGCUCCUAUACUCUACCUACCGUCACGCUGUGACCGGCGAUGGCUCGCGUGCCAGCCUUCUAUCGUUGAAGGGCAUAGUGAUCCAGAAAGUCAAUACCGCCCUGGCGAAGCCAGGCCAGGCCACUACUCUCGACAACAUGAUCGCAGUCAUGAGUUUGGGAGUUCCCAUGGUAUGCCAGGUCACAGCCUCCAGCGAGGAUGAAAACUCGCAAUCGCAACUGUCCGUGGAAGUGAUGUCAGAUGCGUCGCAGCGGCCUCGUGCAAGGGUACUUGAAGAGAAGAUUGCUCUGGAAUAUGACAUGCAUUAUGGGGCCAUCAGUAAACUCAUGCGCAUGCAAGAGGAUCCCACCUGGCUCGUGACCACCGACGGACGAUACAUCUUCUUGACCAAGGUACUAUCAUACGCCCAUCGGAUGUUGGCGAAUUCGGAGGUCAUGUCUGAGACAUGGUCCAAGAUCAUCCAAAAGUUUGAACUGUAUUGCAGCAAAGCUCCAUCCCAGCCGGAAUGGCUUUCGCCAUUAUACUGUCCAAACGUGCUGCAGUGGCGCAAUAAUCUUGAUGCUGACUUGUCGCCGACAUUCAGGCGUCUUCUUCAGAGCUUUCAAACUUGGUACAGACUGUAUCGGAGCGGGGAGGACAUUGCUACCCAUACUGCUUCUUUGAGAGACCUCCUCAGAAAAGAGCGGUUGAACAUAGACGUGAGCGAUGAAUCCCAUACGGAGUCACUUGGCCGGCACAAGGAAGUUGAAUUGAGGUAUGAGGCAUGUUGUAUUACUAUCAGCCUGAUGCUCGAGGCAGAGGCCAAUGGUUGCUCUAUAUCCGAGGCCGCUCAUCUCGUACCCGAGUCCCAAUCAUUGAGCCACAUUCUUCGCCGGACCGAUUUGGCACAUCUAUGGGGUCGUUAUCCAGGCUUGUUGUAUUGGGUCACGCUCAUCUGCCACAUUGUGAUAAAACCAGACCCGGAACAACUAAUUUCAACGAUGGUGCUCGCGCAUAUCACUCAAACUUUGGCAGCUUCAGAUAUUCCACUUCCAGUGGCUAUUCAGCCAAUCAAGGAGUUAUUGGUGUAUCCUUGA